GGGAAAUAAUCUAUGCGUAGUACAGUAGUAUUCAUAGUACAGUCUCAGAUUGAAAAAAAAUAAAAUAAAAAUAAAUUAAAAAGUGACCUUUUCUUUGACCGAGACCGACUGACACAAUCAACUUUGUGUCAGCUUAUUAUUAUUUAUUUUUUAUUUUUUGUAUUUAUUCAUUUAACUGGUGGACUAUGUGUUUAAUAUGGGUCCUCGUUUAAAAGAUGAUAAUAACGUACUGUUUUGUUGAUAAACGAGCCCCUUGAGACCUUGUGGAAAUAGCGACAGAUAAGACAACAGUUCCACCUGCGUACUGCAUCAUGUUUUAGAAGACACAGAAAUACUGCAGAUUUACUAUAUUACAGAGGAAACUGGCAUAUCGGCAAAGAGAACAGAACGCAAAGUAAGCAGAAAGGUCUGAUCGUGAGAAAAAAAAAACCUGCACACUCGGCUGCCUGAUAUCAAGGCUCUCUCUGGGGGGUUCUCCAAAACGGACGAAUCGUCUCCUUUACCUCCUCCUGUGCUCUUACUGUCACCUGAGAGGUUAUUGUUAUGGCGUACGAGGAGAGGUGACGUCUUUCACUCGGUUCUCAAUAUUAAUAAUAGCAAUAACAGUAACACCGAAAGCCUGCAGGUGAGAAUCAGGAAUAAAAAAGAAAAAAAGAAAAAACCGAGCCGCGGACCUCAAAGGAUCUGGGAAUGGACAAUGGAAUACUCUACUUUGUUACAAUGAAAACCUCCUUGGCCUUCUUAGUUCUCACCAGCAUAACCUGCUGCCUUAGUUUAUCACAGAUGGCAGCAGGAACACUGAAGGAAGACCCCAAUGACAAUAUUACCAUAUUCACAAGGAUUUUAGAUGGCUUGCUGGAUGGGUAUGAUAACAGGCUCCGUCCUGGACUGGGAGAAAGAAUAACAGAGGUCAAAACAAAUAUCUACGUCACAAGCUUUGGCCCAGUCUCAGACACUGAAAUGGAAUAUACAAUUGAUGUGUUUUUCCGCCAAAGCUGGAAGGAUGAACGACUUAAGUUUAAAGGACCGAUGCAACGACUUCCCUUGAAUAACCUUCUAGCCAGCAAAAUCUGGACACCAGACACCUUCUUUCUCAAUGGCAAGAAAUCCAUUGCUCACAACAUGACCACUCCCAACAAACUGCUGCGCUUGGAGGAUGAUGGGACUCUGCUCUACACGAUGAGGUUAACCAUUUCUGCCGAAUGUCCUAUGCAACUGGAAGACUUUCCCAUGGAUGCUCAUGCAUGCCCUCUUAAAUUUGGAAGCUAUGCCUAUCCGGACUCUGAAGUUGUUUAUAUCUGGACCUCUGGCGCCGCCCGUUCUGUUGUUGUGGCUGAAGACGGUUCGAGGUUGAACCAGUAUCAUCUAAUAGGACAGACAGUGGGGAGGGAGGUCAUCAGAACAAGCACAGGACAAUAUACUGUAAUGACGGCACAUUUCCAUCUGAAGAGAAAAAUCGGGUACUUUGUAAUCCAGACCUACCUCCCGUGCAUUAUGACGGUUAUCCUAUCUCAGGUGUCGUUCUGGUUAAACAGAGAGUCAGUGCCUGCAAGGACUGUGUUUGGUGUGACCACAGUGCUGACUAUGACAACGUUAAGCAUCAGUGCUCGCAACUCUUUGCCUAAAGUGGCUUAUGCGACAGCAAUGGACUGGUUUAUAGCAGUGUGCUAUGCAUUUGUCUUCUCCGCAUUAAUAGAAUUUGCCACUGUAAAUUAUUUCACCAAACGAAGCUGGGCAUGGGAUGGGAAGAAAGCGCUCGAAGCCCAUCAACCCAAGAAAAAGCCUCCCAUGGCACUAACAAAGAAAGCGAACAACACCUGCAUGGCUGUGGGAGUGAACAACACAGCGAACAUCAUGAAGGAAUCGGUCCUUUCUACCAUUUCCAACAGCACCUCAGUGCAGAUGAAACCCGCAGAAGCAAAGCCUCCGGAGGCUGAAAAGACUUACAACAGCAUCAGCAGGAUCGACAACAUGUCGAGGAUCGUGUUCCCGGUGCUGUUUGGGACUUUCAACCUAGUCUACUGGGCCACGUAUCUAAACAGAGAGCCAGUAAUAAAGGGAGACUUAACCCCCAAAUGAGCUGCUUGAGCAGCACUCCACACCUGUCUACACACUUGCCAUAUUGUAAGAAACAGAAGGAUUUCCAUAGAGGGAGACAUGAAGCACUGAAGACUUGCAUAAGCAGUGCUAUUAGCUGAAGUUUUGAGAACCUUUUCAUGUGUUGCAUGUUCAAUACUCUCUAGAGAUAAUAUUGCCAUCUUUGCCUUGACUAUUUCUAAUUAAGUCCACCAAGAUUUCAUAAAGAAUGUUGAUUUAUUUAAAGCAGCAAGCAUUUAUAUCUUUGCAAACUAGAAAAUAAUAUAUAGUACAAAUGGCCCCAGUAUAAAUAACAUUAUAAAGCAUUUUGCAUUAAAAACAAGUUUGACAUGAGAUGAUCAAAUCAUAAAUACUGUUAGGCUACAUUGGAAUAAAUAACUAAAACAAAAUACACUGGAACAUUGCUGAUUACAAUCCAUGCAUCUAAUCAUGAAAUGCUGGAGUGAAAACAUUUAUGCUUUUAUGUAUAAAUAUAUAAUUUACAAAUAGAGUUAAUAGAUGUUCCAGAAAAGAUAUUCUAAUGCAAGCAAGGCAAUGUCUUGAAUAUUGAAUAUUGUUUUGCACAAUGAUAUCUAUGUAAACCAGUAUGCACAGCCACCAGCAGCUGUUUAUAUUCUGUUUUUUUAGUCACACCUUUAAAGGAGGAUUGCUGUUUAAAAAGUCAUGCUGUUUUUCUGUUAGUUGAGAGAUUGUCAGUUUUGUAGAUCUAGGUAUCGUAAGUCAGCAUUCAAGCAGUCUAAUAAGAAAGGAGCUGCUGGAAGCAAAUCAUUGUGAAACAUGCAGCAGCAAAACAAAGCACCUGCACAGCAGUUUGAACCCAUUGUAGCAAACACUGGAUGUGACACUUGUGAAGGCUGAUGCCCGAUCAUCCCUCUGCUUUAUUGGGUCUAGGUUUGGAAUUGUUUCCUGUGUAGUCAUUAUUCAAACGGAGGUUCAGGUACACCGUGUCAAGUCAUGUGUGUACUUGCUAGAAAAAUUCCUUUUAAUAACCAUGAGUAAGUUAUCACCGGCAGGUGCAUUUUCAUUUAGAAACUUGUGUUCAGGAGAAGGGAGAGACUCCACACAUCACAUCUCAUACUGUAAUUCUCCCUCUCUUAUAGAACUGAUGGAACAGAAUGAGGCUGUUCAGGAGAAGGGAGAGACCCCACACAUCACAUCUCAUACUGUAGUUCUCCCUCGCUUAUAGAACUGAUGGAACAGAAUGAGGCUGUUCAGGAGAAGGGAGAGACCCCACACAUCACAUCUCAUACUGUAGUUCUCCCUCUCUUAUAGAACUGAUGGAACAGAAUGAGGCUGUUCAGGAGAAGGGAGAGACCCCACACAUCACAUCUCAUACUGUAGUUCUCCCUCGCUUAUAGAACUGAUGGAACAGAAGCCCUUACAGUCAGGUGUUCUGAUUGAAGCCACUUUUCUAAAAACCUGACAUAGCCUUCCAAUGUUAAGCUUAAUGUUAAUUUGGGAUUUUUGUUUAAGUUCUUAACACUACAUAUUUAAGCUUGACUGCGGAGAUGGGUUUGUUUUUAAUGUAUUUAUUAUGAUCCUAUAUGAACAAGAAACACACUUUGCACUCCUCUCAGUAAUGUUAAUUGAGCAGCAUGCCAUCUUCAUGGGUCUGGUUCAGGUGUCUACAUUGGGGGAAGGUUACACUGUAUCACCUAAUGGUGAUUUAGUAUAAAACAUGGCUACAAGAAAUGUAAAUGUACUGAUUUGGAGGAUACAUUAAGACCGUUUACUGCAUUGUUUAAGUUCAACACAUCAAUGUUCAGUUCCCAUUCUUAGCAUAAUGUUACUAAAGCAAUAAAUAAAUGCCUGGUACAUUUG